CCUGACGGGGAAGGAGGCUCUGACCCACUUCCCGUCCCUGGGGCCGUCGCCGAGCUCGGGGCAGGGGAAGGGGCACGUGAAGCAGUGUGACCUGCUGAAGCUGUCACGCAAGCAGAAGAGGCUGUGCCGGCGGGAGCCAGGCCUGGCCGACACCCUGCGCGAUGCCAUUCGCCUCGGCAUCCUCGAGUGCCAGUUCCAGUUCCGCUCCGAGCGCUGGAACUGCAGCCUGGAGGGCAGAACCAGCCUNNCCCCUGCAGGUUUUAAGGAAACUGCCUUCCUCUACGCAGUGUCCUCUGCAGCUCUGACACACUCCCUGGCCAGGGCGUGCAGCGCCGGGCGCAUGGAGCGCUGCACCUGCGACGACUCCCCGGGGCUGGAGAAUCGCAAGGCCUGGCAGUGGGGUGUCUGUGGGGACAACCUCAAGUACAGCACCAAGUUCCUGAAGAAAUUCCUGGGGCAGAAGAGGAUUGGCAAAGACCUGAGGGCCAAGGUGGACAUCCACAACACCAACGUUGGCAUCAAGGCAGUGAAAAAUGGCCUCCAAACCACCUGCAAGUGCCACGGUGUGUCCGGCUCGUGCGCCGUGAGGACGUGCUGGAAGCAGCUCUCUCCGUUCCACGAGGUCGGGCGCCUGCUGAAGCUUCGCUAUGACGAUGCCGUCAAGGUCUUCAGCACCAGCAAUGACGCCGUGGGGCACUCGGAGCUCGCUGGGCCUCAGAGGCACAGCCACUCCCCCAAGCACCCUCCUGCCCCUCGCUCCACCGACCUGGUCUAUGUGGAGGACUCCCCGAGCUUCUGUCGGCCCAGCAAGUACUCCCUGGGCACUGCAGGCAGGACCUGCUCUCGGGAGGGCAACUGUGACAGCAUGUGCUGUGGCCGAGGCUACAACACCCAGAGCCGCCUGGUCACCUUCUCCUGCCACUGCCAGGUGCAGUGGUGCUGCUAUGUGGAGUGCCAGCAGUGCAUGCAGGAGGAGGUGGUCUACAGCUGCAAGCAGUAG